AUGCUAAGACGGUCAUUUGUUACAUUGUCAAGGUGCCUACGAGAAGCUGAACAUGCAGCAGAGCAGACCGCAGAGCUGGCGCCCACAGGGUUCUUUGGCAGCGUGCGAUCCAUCUUUGGUAAGCUGCAAAGACAGCUAGACCUUGAGAAGAGGGAAGAGAGAGAGAAUGCUUCCAACCCGUACAUUCAGUAUCCAGUGGUGACAAAGGAGCAGAUGAAGAGCAUCUUGAAUGAUAAAUAUAAGUUCCAGUUGGGUUACGCUCUGUUUGCUCACCAUUCCACCGUGUCUGACCCAACAGUCCACUCGUUAAGCGACUUGACAGAUCCUACCCAGCUUAAUAGUCUUUUGCCCAGAAGAAGACCCCAGGGUUCCCCUGCGGAUACGCUUUCGAUCAAAGCUGGCGACGACGCCAUGUUAGUGUCGCCUACGGUGAUGGCGAUUGCAGACGGCGUGUCAGGGUGGGAGUCAAAGGGGGAACAGUGUCUGCUGGGGAUCUGGCUGAGGUCGAUGGUGGAAACGUUGAGCCGUCUCAUGACGGAAUACAAGUUGAACACGUCUCCUCAUCACCUCAACAAAAGGGACAUCGACCAGAUCUUGGACGAUUCAUACUUGCAUACCUCACAUUUGAUGGACCUUCAGAACUUGAGGGGCUCUUCUACGCUUGUCUUGUGCAUGUUAAGUGGCGAGUACUUGAAAAUGAUAAGCAUUGGCGACUCCAAAAUUAUAAUUAUUCGAAAUGGUGAAAUCAUCAAGAAGAAUGAGGAACAGCAUGUGUCCGAUCUAUGCCCGCAACAGAUCGGCACCCAGACGCUUAAUGUGAUGCCCUCUGAAGUUGCCUGGGUCGACUCUAUCAAGCUUCAACCUGACGACAUCAUUGUCAUGUGCUCUGAUGGCAUCACAGAUAAUUUGCAUGAUUGGGAAAUCGCCAAUAUGAUAGACGAGUACGUUCACUUCAAGAAUGAUGACAUGAGAUCUGUCGCCAAUAAAAUCCUUAGAAAAGCGAAGCUGACGGCUUAUGACGACAACGCAUACACCCCAUAUAAUGAAAUGGUGAAUAAGCUACCGGCAAACAGAUUUGGGAAGAACAUCAGCUUGGGCGGCAAGCUAGAUGACAUGUCUAUUUGCAUUGCAAGAGUUGUCGCUAAUAUCAAAUCUUCCAAGACAACCUCGCUGAACAAAAAGCAACCUAAAAAGUCCACAGGGCCAUUGAGGGCUCCUUCUACAUACUACGACCUCUAA